UUUCAGAAAUUGAGCUCAUCACUGCAAGGUCGCCACCAUGACUGAACGCAAGGCCGUGAUCAAGAACGCUGAUAUGUCAGAAGAUAUGCAGCAAGACGCCAUCGAAUGCGCCACCCAGGCAAUGGAAAAAUUCAACCUCGAGAAGGACAUCGCCGCGCACAUCAAGAAGGAAUUUGAUAAGAAACAUCACCCGACCUGGCAUUGCAUUGUGGGUCGUAACUUCGGCAGCUACGUCACACACGAGACAAGGCAUUUCAUUUAUUUUUACGUCGGACAAAUGGCUGUGUUGCUCUAUAAAUCAGGGUGAAAUUACUAUUCAACCCUUUCUAGAUGAAAUAACGAAGAGCACGAUAA